CCAGGUAGCCCCCUUCUAGGGACAAUGGAGUGUCACAGCAGGUGGAGCUGUUUAUCUUCAGCCUGGCUUCUCUUUCUUGGAGUAUUUGUUUUCAGACAGACAUGGGCAGUCCACCACAGGCUUAUGGGUCAGCUCACUGCAGUGGGCAGCGCCCACUCUCUCUUGGAAGUAAGUGCAAUUAGCUUCUUAGAUGACGUGGAAGUGGGAUCUUACAACAAAGAACACAAGCAAAUUGUUGUCAAGAUACCCUGGAUCUCUAAAGCACUGGGAGAUAAUUAUGUCACACAGUUGGUGGAUGAUUUAUUGCUGAACCAAGAGGAAGAUUUGCGAUGGACUAUCGAAUAUGUAGCACGGAAUGACACUAACCAUGACAGAAACCACACAGCCCAGCUCCUGGCAGAAUGUGAAAUAGACAAUAAUAUCACAGUAAAGAGUCAAAUCCAUUUAAUUUGGGAUGGGGUCGAAAUUUUCAGGAUAGAUGAAGAGGUUGGCCACUGGGAGAUCAUAAAUCUUGAAUUCAAGCAGUACCAACACAUUCUGGAGAGCCUAUUGUGGACCACUCUAAGGAAACGCUACAUGAAGCUAUAUUGUGUUGACGUGAUGAGGAAAGUAGUUGGAUACUCACACAUAAGGGAUAAUGUGGCCCCAGAGAUGGCUGUAUCUCAACAUGUCAGCACAGAAGGCAGCAUCAUUCUCUCCUGCAUUGCCACAGGUUUCUACCCUCGCUCCAUCCUCAUGCACUGGGAAAAGAACGGGAAGCUGGGGAUAUGGGGAAAUGAGAGUUCCAGUGGCACCCUUGGCACCCUGCCCAAUAUGGAUUCCACCUUCUACCUCAAAAUUACCUUAGAGCUCUCUUCAGAGGACUCAGGUGCAGGUUAUAGCUGUGUGGUAGAACACAGUGAAUUGAAGACCCCUGCUAUAUAUUCAGUUCCUGGAAAGCCCACUAUGGAAAAGUCUUGGGUCCUAGAACUGGGUAUUGUGUUGACUAUCAUCCUACUGCUGAGCUGUGCUGGAGCGUUUAUCAUCUGGAAGAAGAGGAAGACAGGUCAGCUGGAAAGAUCUUUUCCAUCUUCUACACCUCCUGCUCCUUCCUCCUUACAAUAA